GCGCGCACAGAAACCGAACGCAUGAAAUGAAUACACUCGGCGAAGUUUGCCUAAGCUGAGAGAAGAAAAUAUGGGUAUCAAAAUUGGCGGGCAAAUUGAGAAGGUGAAUGGGAAAGAGCUGAGUUACCAUGAGUUUGUGGAGAGGUACAUGGAGAAAAACCAGCCUGUGGUGCUCACAGGUCUCAUGGACGAUUGGAGGGCUUGCAGAGACUGGGUCACUGACAAUGGCCAGCCCAAUCUUCAAUUUUUCGCUACCCAUUUUGGGAAAUCCAAAGUUCAGGUUGCAGAUUGUGGUACUAGAGAAUUCACAGAUCAGAAGAGGUUGGAAAUGACUGUUGCAGAAUUUGUUGAGCAAUGGCUUGGGGACCCCAUGCAGGAGCAUGGCAAUGCUUCAAGUCAUUCAGCUAUGAGCAAGAUGUCGCUAUAUUUGAAGGACUGGCAUUUUGUAAAGGAGUACCCAGAAUAUGAAGCAUACACAACUCCGGUGUUCUUUUGUGAUGAUUGGCUCAACAUAUAUCUUGACAAUUAUCAUAUGCAUAAUGAUCCCAACAUUUACUCAGAAAAUAACGAAAUAAGUUGCUCUGAUUAUCGUUUUGUUUACAUGGGAGCAAAAGGCACCUGGACUCCUUUUCAUGCUGAUGUUUUUAGGUCAUAUAGCUGGUCAGCCAAUGUGUGCGGCAAAAAACGGUGGCUUUUCCUGUCUCCUUCUCAAAGUCAUCUUGUGUUUGACAGGAAUAUGAAAAGCUGUGUAUAUAAUAUCUUUGAUGAUGUUAAUGAAACUAAGAUUUCUGGGUUUGCAGAGACUAUCUGGUUGGAGUGCACUCAAGAGCAAAAUGAGAUUAUCUUUGUGCCUAGCGGAUGGUAUCAUCAAGUUCAUAAUUUGGAAGAUACAAUUUCAAUAAACCACAACUGGUUGAACGCUUAUAAUCUCCGUUGGGUGUGGGAUUUGCUCUUGAGGGACUACAACGAGGCUAAGGAGUACAUAGAAGACAUCAAGGAUAUAUGUGAUGACUUUGAAGGUCUCUGCCAACGCAACCUUGCCGCUAAUACAGGCAUGAACUUCAAUGAUUUCUUAAUCUUCCUAGCACGGUUGUCCUUAGCCAACUAUAUCCAACUUCAUUAUCUCGCUAGAAAGAAUGGAAAUCACACUUGGAAUUUAUCCCCAAUAGCUCAGCAUUUGACUUUCAACCUUGCAUCUAUUCAGAAAAUGGCAUUGAAUAUAAAAUCUGUAGAAGAUUUGACAGGAAGUCAUGGAUUUCAUUUGGAUUUUCGUGAAACCUUAAAGGAUCCCGAGUUCUUUAAACUGUGUACAUUUUUGGGAAAAACAUAUGGGAUGGUACACAUGCAACAGAACUGGAGUUCUGCUACAAAGAAUGCUUGGAUAGAUGAUAUGAGGGACUUGGACGUCAUAGGAACUUGUAGUUCUCAAGUCUGCAAUCCUGAAGAUCUUAUUAAAUUUAUAGAACUUGCUGUUGCAGAAUUCAUGGGCGUUCAAAUAGCAGAAGAUGAUUCCCGUCUAAAGUGAACAAUGAUUAACAGACUUGCGAGAACGAUACUCUGCUACAAAAUGUCCAUGGUUGAGCUACUGGUUCUCAAUAUAUUUUGAAGGUGCAUCUUGACCUAUCUUUGUGUUGGCCAAACGCCAAUAUUAUAAAUCUCCUGAAGCACUGCCUAUUUGGCUUAUGAAGGUUUGGUUUUUGGUUGUGAGAUCCUAAUAGCAACCAUGGUGGUUGCAUCCCUGUGCAUAGUAUUUGCCUUUGAAGUUGGCUGAUUCUUAUUGUCUCAAUGAAGUUUGAACAACUCUGCUGAGUCGGUGAAUCCACUUUGUAUCAUUCUAUUUUAAUGAUAUUUGAUUUUUUGUUUUUGUUUUUA